GGGAUGAUCCGAGCUGCCGUGACGAUGAUUGCCAGGAGAAUGGCAUGGCCGUCCGGCGCGGGGAGAUUCUCUGGAGUAAGCAUUGGCAGCGCUUGCGCUCGCAGUGUAAACGUCGCUUUGGCACGAAGAAGCUCUCAACAGGCGAUCACCGUUAGCUCAGAGGAAGUCUGGAAAUUCUGGCAAUUCGGUGGCCUCUCGCUGGAUGCUAUCGCUGAGAAAAUCAAGUCUCCCAGAGGGAUUGUCGUGGACCACCUUGUGGCAGCGAUUGAUGGUGGAAAGCCAGUAGACUGGAUAGCGCUGUGCAAAGAAGUCAAUCUCAAUCUCAGUGCCGCAAACGAGGUGUCCAAGUAUUUGCCAAGGACUCGCCAGAUUAGAACAGGCGUCUAUCUCGAUAAGAUCUCAAGUUCCUGCUCCAAGGUGACGAGAGAACAGCUCCAGCUAUGCAGUACUAUGCUCGAUCGCGGCUUCUCGUUUGACGAUAUAAGAGCGGUGGCAGCUGCGGAGACUGGCUACUCCGCCAACGAGCUCGAAACACUCCGUGCUGUGUCGGCCGAGCUCCAAAAGUCGCGGAAGAUCAAGAAAGAGUUCUUCAGAGUUUCGCAAGGCAAGGUGGUGUUACUGGAUCAAGGCCUCAUGGAUCUUCUUCGAGAUAGAGACGGGGCAUCGCUUCUGGAGAUUGCUGCCUUCUUCUCGGAUUGCGAUCAAAAGCAGCUUGUGGAUCUUCUAUACGAGCUUGAGAAGGCUGGAACCAUAUGCUCGACCAAUGGAAAGUAUAGAGAAGUCCAUAUGCCAAUCUUCUAAGGCCCAGUUGCUAGCAGCGGAUCGAGAAUGUUGGCCCACUCGUCGAUUCCCCAGCUCGCAUCUACAUUGCUGAGAGGAACACCAUUGACGAAAAACACCGGUGUGCCUGUCACGCCUCUCGAGCAUCCAUACUGCGUGAAAGGUACGCGAAGACUUUAGUUUUCUUGCCAUGACAAUCAAAGCUUCUUGUCUACCUUGAAA